AUGUUGCGUGGUGUAUUUUGUAAAUCUGGUUAUUACAAAAACUGCAAUGAAGAGAAAGUUCAUCAAUUUCGAUGUCCCAAAGAGGAAGAUCUCAGAAAAAAGUGGGCACGAGCGAUUCCUCGUAAAAAUUUCGUUUUGAACAGUAACCAUUUUGUUUGUUCCAAACAUUUUAAAGAAGACGACAUAAUAAGAUAUUGGCGUUCUGGUUCAGUACAGAUUCCAUACAAGAGAAUCCAAUUAAAAAAAGGAGCUGUUCCAUCUAUCUUCCCAGGACCAGCAUACCUAUCAAUUUCAAAAAAAGUAAGAAAAGCACCUACUCCUCGUCAACAUAAUUCAGUGUCCAAAACGUAUAAAGAUUUACCAACAUGUUUAGAGUUGGCUCAAAAUGUAGCUGACAAUAAUCUUUUCAAACAAUUAAAUGCAUAUGAAAAUCUAAAUUCAAUAAUCCAAUGGCCCAAGAUUUCUCAAUCUUGUAAUGAAUGUGUUAUUGAUUCAAGUUUAUGUUUUGUUUCUUUUUGCUCUGGAGGUUUGUAUCCAGUAGUUGAAAAGUUUGCGAAGGUGGAUAAACUUGGUAAAAUAUCAUUUGGAAUUUUUGGCCAAGAGGUAGACAGUAGUAUUCUAGAUAUUGUACCAGGAGAAAACAUUUAUGAGUUUGCAAAAAACAUUGAAGACUUUGAGAAUGUACGUGUCUGUCAUGGAGGCCCAAAGCUUGAAGAAUUUCCAAAUUGCACAAUGAAUAUAUGCAUAAUAUCAACAACAACAAGACUAAGGCAUAAUCUUUGUCGUUUAGUGUUGAAAACAAAUUCUACUGCUUGUUCUCGAUGUGUUAUUAACAAAUUACGCCGAGUUAAGGACAAUCUAAGAAAAAAAUGUAUUAGGGCAAAGCAGAAAAUAAUUAAUUUGAAAUUGAAGUUAAGCAAAGUUCAAAAUGAAAUGGCUAAUAUCUCUGAUGAGUCCAUUAAAGAAAAAUUAAACCUAUGUCAGAAUAUGAAUGAAUCUCAGAAAAUUCUAAUUCUUGAAUGUUUUGCAGCUUGUAAGGUAAAAAAUUGCAAAAGUCGCAGGUAUACGGAAAAUUGGUUGAUGCUCUGUUUGUUAUUAAACAUAAGAUGCCCGAGUGCUUACAAAUACUUGAGGAACAGUGAGUUACUACCUCUUCCACAUCCAAAAACCAUAAGACGUCACCUUUCUUUAGUGAAGACAUAUUGUGGAUUCGAUCAAGAUUUUUUUAAAUUAUUUAAAAAACGAGUUGAUCAUAUGAGUGAUAUGGAGAAACAUGGUGUCCUGUUAUUUGACUCUAUUAACCUUAGAAAAGGUUUACAUGUAAACACAUCUACUCUAUCUUAUAUUGGUCUUGAGGACUAUGGUGAUGAAGUAGCUAGUGCUGAACAUAAGGAUUAUGCGGAUCAUGCCUUGGUGUUUAUGUUCCAGUCCUUAGGCUCUAAUUUUUAUCAAACUAUUGGAUGUUUUGCAUCAAAAAGUGAAGUAAAAGGAGUUAUUUUGGGACAGUUACUUUUGAAAGCUAUAACUCUUUUGCACAACAUUGGAAUUUCAAUUGAUGGUAUUGUUUGUGAUGGAGCUGCAACCAACCGAAAAAUGUGGUCUAUUCUAGGUAUUGUUGGUACUCAAAAUAAGACCAAGCACUAUUUUACACACCCAAUUGUCCCAAAUAAAAAAGUUUAUGCAUUUUCCGACUUCAUACAUCUGUUCAAGUGUGUACGCAAUCGUCUGUAUAAUAAAAAACAUUUAAGGCUUCAUCCAAAUUCUGAAUACGUUUCGUGGGAAUACUUUAAAGAAGUAUACAAAGAAGACAUUAAAAAUCCAGCUAAUCUUAGGAUAAUUCCAAGAAUUACAAUUCAGCACAUUGAACUGACAUCAAUGGCUAAAAUGAGGGUUCGUUUGUGUACGCAGGUAUUAAGUUCAAGUAUGGCUAAAGCUUUGUCUUAUUAUACAAACAAAGGUUGUCUCACGUUAAAAGGUUCAUCUGAAACUGCUAAGUUUGCAGAGUUUUGGAACAACCUUUUUGAUGCCUUUAAUCGUAAUUUGCCAUGGCAAGGUCUUAAAUCUAAUGAUGAACAAGGUUUCCAGAUUUUCAAGGAUGCAUUGGAGUACCUCAAUUGUUGGGAAAAUCAAAUGCUUAGUGGAAAUAUUAAUCCAGAAGAAUUCCUAACUACUCAAACAUCUGAAGGUCUUCGUGUAACAUUGAAGUCAACAAUAGAUUUAUCUAAGUAUUUGAUGGAAAACGCUGGAUUUAGUUAUGUUCUUACUGGAAAAAUGUGCCAAGAUCCCCUUGAAAAAUUUUUUGGAGUUAUACGGCAAGCAUCUGGUCCUAAUGAUCAUCCCACAGCACCUACAUUCCUCCAUCUUUACAGAAUCUUGUCAGUUUAUUCUAUUUUGAAACCGCCAAAGUAUGGUAAUUGUACAGUCAAUGACUCCGAUGCCCCCCGUAUUUCAAUAAGUGACAUACAUGAAAUAUUUCAUGACAAAACUACACAGCGUGUUGAAAAAAUUAAUAAUUUGAAAAGGAAACUAGAUGAAUUAAUUGAGGAUGGUCUGUGGGAACCAUGCGAAAUACUACCUAAUACAGACAGCAAUAAUGAGGAAUGCAGUAUAAGAGACUGUAUUGUCUACUAUUUAUGCGGGUAUGUUUCGAAAAAACUUAUGGUAUGGAAGAAAUGCCAAAAUUGCAUCAACUUUUUCAAAGCUUGUAGUAUUGAACAUCCUGCUUCAGAAUUAAUUUUGCUCAAGUCUAGGGGAAAUCUUGUUUAUCCUAACACACAUUUAUUUGAAUUUCUGAGUUGCCUGGAACAUUCUUUUUCCAAAUACUGUCAAGAAUAUGAUGUUUUUGACAAAGUUAUUGAUGAUAUCACAGAAAAUAAUUUUGAUUUUAAGUUCCCAUGUGUUCAACAUGUAACAGAAGUUACCACAGAAAUAAUAGUGUAUUACCUUCAAAUGCGACUCAGACAAUUUACUUAUCAGGAAAACUUGAAGAUGAAAAAAAUCUCCAGAGAAAAAAAAAAGUCUCAAAACUAUACAACUCUUAGUUAA